AUGCUUCUCACUCAUUUUGCAACUAUUGCUGCUCUGGUGGUGUUGGCUGUUGCUGCUCCUGCACGACCUGUUCCUCGAGAUGUCUCGACCGAUGUCCUCGGCCAAUUGAACUUGUUCGCGCAAUAUGCUGCAGCAUCAUAUUGCACAAAUAAUGUCAACUCCACCGGCGAUGGACUCUCUUGUCUAGAGGGAAACUGUCCAUCCGUCCAAUCCGCCGAGACAACCACGAUCUACGAGUUCGAUGAAUCCACCGAAUUCGGUGACGUCGCCGGAUUCCUCGCUGCCGAUCAGACAAAUAACCUCCUCGUGCUCUCCUUCCGGGGAAGCCGAACACUAAGCACCUGGAUUGCGAACCUGGACUUCGGUCUGACCGACGCCAGCAGUCUAUGCAGCGACUGCGAAGUUCACAGUGGCUUCUGGAAGUCAUGGGAAACAGUGGCAGACGACUUGACCGUCAAGAUCAAGGCUGCCUUGUCAACCUACUCUGGCUACACACUGGUCCUAACAGGCCACAGCUUCGGCGCUGCCGUUGCCACACUUGGAGGCACUGUCCUUCGGAAUGCAGGGUAUGAGUUGGAACUUUAUACAUACGGCCAACCCAGACUGGGGAAUGAAGCAUUGGCAACAUAUAUCACAAACCAAGGCACAGUAUACAGAGUGACACAUACCGACGACGUGGUUCCAAAAUUACCACCUGCAUCCUUUGGAUUCAGUCAUUCUAGCCCUGAGUACUGGAUUACCAGUGGCAAUAAUGUGGCGGUGACUUCUAGUGAUGUGACUGUUAUCGAAGGUGUGGGUUCUAAGGCUGGGAAUGCUGGCACGGCAAAUCCCGAUGUCGAGGCUCAUAAUUGGUAUUUGAUUUAUAUUGAUCAGUGUCAAUAG